AUGAAGAUAUCAACACUUUUAUCCGUCGGAUCUCUUCUUUCCGGCGCUUAUUCCUGGAAUUUAUUCGACAAUGUCCAGAAACACCUCGGCUUUGAGUCCCUGGUUGGCGGCGCUAAGCUCCACCAAGAGCUCAGACUGGCGUGGGAAGCCAUUGGCGAAAACUACUCCGAGGAGGAGCUGAAACGUGUUUUCGAGCGUUUUGAAGAGGGAUCUAGUCCGGCUAUGCAGUUUCCUUCCAAUGCUGCUACUGCCAUGGAAGCUGGAAAGGAAGCUCUCAAGGGAUGGCAGCACAUCACCAACCCCACCUUUGAGGGUUACCAGUUGAGAAUGCAAAAAUCCGGUCCAGAAGCGCUUGGAAUCGACACAGUGGCUCAAUGGGCGGGUUAUCUGGAUGUUGAGGCUGAGGACAAGCAUUUCUUCUCGUGGUUCUUUGAAUCAAGAAACGAUCCUGCCAACGACCCAGUCAUUCUGUGGUUGAACGGAGGACCAGGAUGUUCAUCAAUGACAGGACUAUUUUUUGAGCUUGGGCCUUCGUCGAUUGGUCCAGACCUCAAACCAGUCUUCAACCCUUAUGCUUGGAACUCCAAUGCCUCUGUGAUCUUCCUUGAACAACCUGUUGGAGUUGGUUACUCGUAUUCAUCAAAGACCGUUUCGUCGACAGCAGCUGCGGCCAAGGAUGUCUAUGUCUUCUUGGAACUAUUCUUCCAGAAGUUCCCUCAUUUGACCAAGCUUCCAUUUCACAUUGCUGGUGAGUCGUACGGAGGCCAUUACGUUCCUAAGUUUGCUUCUGAGAUCAUCAACCAAGCCUCGCGUUCGUUUGAACUGACCUCUAUUAUGGUCGGUAACGGAAUUACCAACGCUCUCAUCCAGAACAACUACUACAGACCUAUGGCAUGUGGUGAAGGUGGGUACCCUCAGGUGAUCACCGAUGCUGAGUGCGAUGAAAUGGACGAAGUUGCUGCCCGUUGCCAGGUUCUCUCCGAGGCCUGCGAUGAGUUCGAGUCCAGAAUUACCUGUGUCCCAGCAGGCUUAUACUGCAACAAACUCAUGGAACCAUACGCAAAGACUGGUCUCAAUGUCUAUGAUAUCCGCAAGAAGUGCGGGGACAACGAUCUCUGUUACGAUGAACUCUCUUACAUUGAAAGUUACCUCAAUGAACCGGCUGUUAUGGAAACUUUGGGCGUCCAGGUCGACAAGUUCGUCAGCUGCAACGAUGAUGUUGGACUCCGUUUCGCCUUCACUGGUGAUCUGAACAAGCCUCAUGAGCAAUAUGUGGCUGAACUUCUUGAGAAGGGCUAUCCUGUACUUCUUUACGCUGGUGACAAGGAUUUCAUCUGUAACUGGUUGGGCAACUUUGCUUGGUCUGCCGCUCUCGAAUGGAGUGGAAAGGAUGAGUUUGCCUCUGCUCCAUUGACCCCAUGGUACACUUUGGAUUCCCUGAACUACGCUGGUGACGUCAAGAACUACCAAAACUUUACGUUUGCACGUGUGUUCGAUGCUGGCCACAUGGUUCCCUACGACCAGCCUGAGAACUCUCUGGAUCUGAUCAACAGAUGGAUCUCUGGUGACCUUGCUUUGGGUACAAAAUAG